GAUUUGAAAUCUGAAUAGUUUAUUUCAAGCGUGUGCUAUGCUGUCAGUUCGAACGAUUGCCAACCAUUCGAAUACAAACACUAAAAAUCAUGCAUGUAUAAAUACACGAGCGAAUAAAGAGUGAAGUUGUCUUGAUUUGGAAGUUGAGCUGAAAACAUCAGUGUUGUAUAGUGAAACGGAAGAAAUACCUUGACUCAACAUUUUAAAGUGGUACGAGGAUAAAAUAGCUGAAGUUUAGCUGAAAGUUAGUGUAGAGUGUGAUCUCAAGUGGUGAACAUUGCUGGUAAAGCGGUCGGAAAGAGUGCCGGCGUUGGACGAGGCGUUUUGUGCGAGCUAGGUAAGACAAAAGAAAGUGUGCUUUCGGAAAGUUUUCGGUCACCAUUGUGAAUUUCGUUGGAGCAAGUCAUCGGCAAGGUUUUGCGUGGCUUUGAAAAGGCUCGUCAUUGUGUAGUUGAACGCCAUAGCGUUUACGCCAUAGUCUAAAAGAAAUCUUUUAUGCGGAAAUUGUAUUGAAGUGUGGUGGUUUUUUUUCUUUUCGACAGGCCGGUCGUAAGUGACGCCAAUAUUCGCCAUCUUGAGCGUGCGUUUGCGCUAUUGUACCAGCGACGCGUGGUGUGAAUUUCAAUCGAAGUGAUCAGAAGUGUCCAUUUGUGCUAAAAAAAUCGGUUGAGGAUCAGCAGCGGUUAUUGUAAUUCGGCGUGGUUUGGUGUAGCUAUUCAGCAGCGGUUUUUGUCAUUCCGGAACAACCUUCUGUCUGAAAUCUGGUCCGGGCGCACUACUGGAGUGCACGGUUAAGAGGGAAUCCCAGAUUACGACCAAUUUUGUGGAACGGAGGAAACUACAUAAAAGGCAGUGAUUGUGGAAGCGGCCAUUGUGUUUUCGGCCCGGCCAAGCGUGAGAAAUUCAGCAGCGGUUUUGUAAACGAAAUUCGAAACGAGGAACGGUAGUGAAUCAGUGGCAUCCUGUUCGGCGGGCUAGCUGCAGUCUUCAGCAAAGAUCCUGGUCGGAAAUCUCCAGCACGAGUUCCAGCGUACUUCGGAGUGCUGUUUUCCACGGCGGCCAUUUGCAAUCGCUGCUCCGGACAGUUGUGGAGAAUCGAGUGACAACGGAACGUUUUUUAUACGGGCGCAAAGGAGGCUACGGAAGGAAAGGUACGUGAUUUUUUUUUCUUAUAAUUGCUCAAGUUAAAACGGAUUUUCAAAUUGUUUAAAAAUUUUUGUAUAUAGCCAUGGCUCUGAUUGGUAGCAUUGACCCGUAUGUUCCGGGCUCAUCCUUCUCCAAUUAUGUGGAACUUUUGGAGUAUUUCUUUUCUAGUAAUAACAUCGAUGAAAAUAGAAAAAAAGAUCUAUUCAUGAACUUUGCCGGAAUGACAGUAUUUGAAGAAUUAAAAUUACUUUACCCUGCUACUGACCUGAAAACGUUAAGUUAUGCGGAAAUAACAAAGAAAUUAAAGGAAAGAUACGAUAAAGUGGAUUCUGAAAUCGUUUUGAGGUAUAAAUUUCGUUGUCGUCUGCAAGGAUCAACGGAAUCCGGAGAAAAUUAUAUUUUGGCAGUAAAACUAUUGGGGGAAGCUUGUGAUUUUGGGGCUUUUCGCGAUUCGGCCAUAAGAGAUCAGCUUGUAUAUGGAGUUUAUGACAAAGAUCUGCAAACUAGGCUAUUGAACGAAGAAGAACUAACUUUGAAAUCGGCGGAGCGCAUUAUUAAAAAUAAGGAAAUGGCGGUUUGCAAUAGACAAAAGCUCAACCCCGAUGAAAAUGUUAACUCGGUCAAGUUUAGGCUUGGUCGACGAGAUUCUCGCUAUGAUUCGAAUAGAGCAGAUCGUGAAAGAGGAAGAUCAAGAAGUUGGAACAGGGAUAAUGGACACAGACGUUUUAGAGAAAGAUCAAGGUCAGAUUCACGUAACAAUCGGGUUAGUAGCAAGGGAAGGUACGCAAAUUUUGUAUGUCAUUACUGCAAAGCUAAAGGUCACAUUCAGCGCUUUUGUUACCAGUGGAAGAACAGCAACCGUGCGACAGUGAAAUUUGUGAAUGAAGUAGACAACGAGGAUCCGAAUGACUAUUUCAAGAGACUGCAAAUGGAUUAUGACACCGACAAUGAAGCAGAUCGCGAUUUCAUCAAAUGUGAUCUCGGCUCACAGGGGGCAGAUCAAAGUAGUUAAGAAUUCUGAACCGCGGCGCAAUGUGGCGCUUCAGGAAGUUGCAGCAAGGGCCCGAAUAUCAUCUAAAAGGCGAUUCGAAAGUUCGGAUGAAGAUGAGCCGUUCCAGAGCACCUCAUCUCGACAGGUUCUGCAUCCUCCUACUCCUCCUCCGCCAGUUAGAAGUGAAGUUCAUCCCACUGUAUUGCAAUCCUACGAUGAAACGCAAGCCACACACAACGAUAAGCGAACACCGCGGAUAAUAUCUCCCCAGAGUAGUGAACAA